AUGAAGAAGGCAGGAGAACUCAUUCCUAUGAGGUCUGAUGAGUGGAAUUUUCAAAUCAUGGGGCCUUUUGAACAGCACACUGUUGAUGUUCUUGGAAGAUCUUGUUCUUGUAGAAAAAAGGCAUAUGAACUGCCAAUAUUAGGGAUAAAUGGUCCUGAUUUGUGGCCUAAUGUUGAGCUUCCCCCACCUAUCCCUCCUGCAAUUGUGAAGAGACCUGGAAGACCUAAGAAGGCAAGGAUAAGAAAUCCAACUGUGCCACCAAGUGCAUUGCCUCAUAAUCCCCUGAGAUUGAAAAAGCACCAGAGGAGUGUGACAUGCAGAGUUUGUGGAGAACAUGGCCACAAUGCUAGAAAGCAUAAGAAGGCUGACCAAAAUGAAGAACAAGAGGAGACCCCAGUGAGUGAAUCUCAGCCUCUUGACAUGGCCACAAUGCUACUGACAAUGUUUUCUCAAGUCAGUCACUUGCACCAACACCUGCAAACAACAACAAUGAUGCUGAAGCUAGCAGAAAUAGGUCUCAGGAAAAGACAAGAACAACAAGGAAGAGAAAGCAGUCAAUUGGAUGGAAAUGGCAAUGAGGAUCAAGGACAGACUGUCAAUGUCACUCAAUCUGAGGGAGUCACUUGUCCUGUUGUGGUGAAAGGAGGUGUGAAUUACAUAACAGUCUCCAACAUCAGAGCUGCUUUGAGGCCAAGGAAUGGGGCAACUCCUGGUAAGGACAAUGCUGCAAACAAGUAA